AUGGAAAUCCUCAUUCUUCUAGUCUUCCCAAUUUCACUUCUUCUAAUUCUCCUUCUAAUUUCAAACAAGAAGGAAAAAUCCUCAACAAUUCAUCAUCCACCAGGCCCUCCAAGGCUUCCAUUCAUUGGAAACUUCCACCAACUUGACACUUCAUGCCUUCAUAAGUACCUCUGGAAACUUUCACAAAAAUAUGGUCCAAUAAUGUUCCUGAAACUCGGUUCCAUACCAACCCUUGUGAUUUCAUCAGCAAGAUUGGCUGAAGAAGUCUUGAAAAACCAAGAUUUGAUAUUUUGUAGUAGGCCAAAAAUGCUAGCCUUGCAAAAGUUGACGUACAAUGGCAUAGACAUUGCUUUAGCACCAUAUAGUCAAGAAUGGAGAGAGAUGAGAAAAAUUUGUGUCAUUCAUCUCUUGAGUGCUAAAAGAUUGCAGAUGUUUCGUCCAAUUCGUGAAGAUGAAGUGUCCCGAAUGAUUAAAAAGAUAUCUGAACAAGCAGCAUCCACUGAUCAAGUGAUUAAUCUGAGUGAGACUCUAGUGUCUCUUGCUUGCUCGAUGAUUUGUAGGAUUGCUUUUGGUAAAAGGUUUGAUGAGGAAGGUCAAGAAAGAAGGAGAUUUGAUGGUCUUAUUCAUGAAGCUCAGGCAAUGCUUGGGGGAUUCUUCUUCUCGGAUUAUUUUCCUUCGAUUGCCUGGAUUGAUAAAUUCACUGGAAUGCUUGCUCGACUUGAGAGUAUUUAUGAAAAGUUUGAUUCAUUUUAUCAAGAACUCAUAGAUGAGCACCCCGAUCCAAAUAGACCAAAGUCCAUGGAUGGAGAUAUUAUUGAUCUCAUGCUUCAACUACAGCAAGAUGGUUCAACUUCAUUUGACAUAACUAUGGAUCACAUCAAAGCUAUGCUCAUGAACGUAUUCUUUGCUGGGACAGACACAAGUACGGUGACAGUAAUUUGGGCAAUGACAGCAAUGAUGCAAAAACCAACAGUCAUGAAAAAAUUGCAAGCAGAAAUUAGAGAAAUCAUGGGAAAGAAACAAAUGCUAGAUGAAGAUGAUGUUCAAAUGCUUCCCUAUCUCAAGGCAGUUGUUAAGGAGACAUUCAGGUUGUACCCAGCCGUACCACUUCUUGUGCCUAGAGAAACAAUUGGAAAAUGCACCAUUGAUGGUUAUGACAUUCAACCCAAGACCUUAGUUUAUGUAAAUGCUUGGGGCAUUGCAAGAGAUCCUGAUUAUUGGGAAAACCCAGAUGAAUUUUUGCCAGAGAGAUUCUUGAAUAGUACUGUUGAUGUGAGAGGGCAAGAUUUUCAAUUGAUCCCAUUUGGAGCAGGCAGAAGGGGCUGCCCCGGGUACCCUAUGGGACUUGUAACAGUGGAGCUUGUGCUGGCCAAUAUUUUGCACUCAUUUGAUUGGGAAUUGCCUCCUGGGAUGAAGAAGGAAGACAUUGACACAGAUGCUUUGCCUGGUCUUACCAUGAACAAGAAAAAUGAUCUAUGGCUUGUGACAAAACUCCAUCUUUAG